AUGGCUGCUGUAGCAAAACUAUUGAAUGGACAUGUUCUUGAUAAAUCGAAUAGAAAUAUUGAUCUUAAUGAUGAAAAAUAUCAAGGAAAAUUUAUUGGUCUUUAUUUUAGUGCUCAUUGGUGUCCACCAUGUCGUAAUUUUACUCCCGUAUUAGUUGAAUUUUAUAAAAAAUAUGCUGAGGAAAAAAAACUUGAAAUUAUUUUUAUAAGUUCUGAUAAUGAUGAUGAAUCAUUUAAUGAAUAUUAUAAUGAUAUGCCUUGGUUAAAAUUAGAUUUUAAAGAACGUCAAAUAAAAGAAGAAUUAGAUACAAAAUUUGAAGUCGAUGGAAUUCCAUCAUUAAUCUUACUUGAUGGAGAUACAGGAAAUGUUCUUUGUAAUGAUGCAAGACAACAAAUUCAAUUUGAUGAUAAACAAGGUAAUCAUUUUCCAUGGAAUACUCCUCAAACAAAAAAAUCAUCUCGAUCUUGUAUUUGUUGUUAA